AUGGGCCUUUGGUCCGAGAACGAGGACGAGCGUCUGAUUGCCGCUAUCCAGCGCUGGGGCACGAAUUGGACCAAGGUGGCUGCUGAAGUCGGGUCAAGAAGUGCAGAUCAGUGCUCAAGUCACUGGAACCACGUCCUGGACCCUAAAAUCAAUUACUGCGACUGGACACCAGAGGAGGAUGCAGACCUCCUUCACGAAGUUUUGACCAACGGCACCAAAUGGGCACAAAUCGCGAGCUAUCACACUCCAACUAGGACCACUCUUGCACUCAAGAAUCGGUACUCUACUUUGAGGGUCAAGAACGAGAACAGAAGCCGAACACGCCAAAGUCACCCUAAUCCAUCCUCUGGACACGCAACACAGCAAAGCAUUCACGCUCAGGCGAAUUUAAGAAACUCUGAGGUGGUCAGCAUAUCCAAUUCGAGCGACAACAGCGAAUCCAUGCGAUCUGAUGACGCGGAAGGGGAAGAGGAAACAGAACCCGUGAAAGAAAAUGUCAAAGUAAUACGUACAUGGCUCAAGGACGUUAGCAGCGACAUGGACACCCAAAACGACGGCGGCAUGAAUACGCGUCCCUCGGGGCCAAUUGGCUCCCCGCCCGUGAGGAUGGAGGGGAUUAAUGUUUCGAUGCCAGACAAUACAGCCUGGUACGAGUACGCGAAGGAGAGCGUUCUUCCGACUCCAGACAUGAACGAGGGCAGUGGCAUAGCUAUGGAGGAUUAUUUGCAGCUCGACCCGGCUCUGCUGCGAGGCCAAGCUACAGAGCCACCCUUCAACUUGCCCGCAGGUUGCUUCUUUGACGAACAGCAGCAGAGUCUACAUAAGCGUAAUACAUCUCACCUCCCAGACGCGAUGAGCACUGCAAAUCAAACCCUUUCAGACACCGCUGGAUGCGCUCAACAUACCCAUGCACAUUCACUGGACGGAAGUAACCAGGUCACGGAGUGCAAUGACGCGGUUGUGGGAAGCAAGACCUCUGUAUCUAAAUCGACACCUUUCACAUCACUCGCACCACACGAUGAGACACCACCAACACUAAAGUCGACAAAGUUCCGAUUUGUAGAAAAAUAUGAUUAG